CUGUCGUCUCGCGUGGGACGGUAUUUUACGGUGUCGUCGUCCGUGGGUAAAAAAAAUAAAUAAAUAAAAAUAAGCGGCUGCAAAGGAAGGGUAGUUACAGGAACGCUGAUCAUAAGCUUGAACCAACGAGAAUUGAAUAAUGUGGGAGUGGUGUUCCACUCGGAAUCAACGCUCGAGUAUGUUAUAGGAUUCACCAUUCACUAAGAUGGCAGAUUACGGCAAAGACGAGUUUGAAUACAGACAUCGGAAGCACGGUAAUUGUGUGGAAGAUGAAGGAAGCUUUCACGACGAGUACGAUCCUUUUGCGGGUGACACUGACCUCAUCGAAGAGAACAUUGCUCUAACAGCUCCUCCUCAAUCACAAUGGUACCACGGGCGUUUGGACCGUUACACUGCAGAGCAACGUUUACAGUCAUCUGGAGGCAUGGGCCGGUAUCUGAUCCGGGAGAGUGAUCGAAAGCCAGGAUCCUACGUACUGUCCUACCUCGGACACACUGGCAUCAAUCACUUCAGGAUUACAGCCAUGUGUGGUGACUAUUACAUUGGUGGCCGGCAGUUCGAUUCUCUUUCGGAUCUCAUUGGUUACUACACAGGAUGGUCUGACCUCUUGAAGAAAGAACGACUGGUCCAGCCAGUUCCGCCUCCUGAGCCCGUUGACGACAAAAAAAGAGCCGUUGCCAUUUUACCCUACGUGAAAAUGCCAGACACUGAUGAACUCAGCUUUCAGAAGGGUGACAUCUUUGUUGUGCACAAUGACAUGAGGGAUGGCUGGUUGUGGUGUACCCUCCAUCGCACUCAGGAAAGUGGACUAGUCUUCAGGGAACUUCUAGAAGAACUGGACGACAGCAUUGACCCAAAUGAGAUUUAUCCGUGGUUUCACAGCGAUAUUUCCAAAGAAGAUGCUGUUGAAGAACUGGCAAAGAUGGGUCCUGGUAGUUUUCUCGUGAGGCCCAGUGACAACUCCCCGGGAAACUUUUCCCUCUUCUUCCACAUCAACAACACCAUUCAACGGUUCCGCAUAGAACGGAAGGGCAAUCGUUUCUGCAUGGGUGGCAGAACCUUUGACAGCCUCGAGGCUGUUGUCAGCAGGUACAAGGUGGAACAGAUCGUUGAAGGUCACGUAUUGGGUGAUCCUGUUCUGAAGGCACCAUUCAAGGCCCCGGCGGAUGAGCACAAGUCGCGCGACAUCUACACAACUCUACGGGAGAGUCGGGAAACAGCAAAGAAGAACAAAGCCAUUCGCAUGAUUGGAUAUCUUCACAAAAAAAGCAUGGGGAACAAGAAAUGGAAGAACCUCUACUUUGUUCUUAAUGCUAAGGACCUUCACUUAUACUUUUUUGAUAACCCCAGGAGGACCAAACCAAAAGGAUUAAUUGACCUCAGUUACUCCUAUCUUUAUAUGGUUCAUGACAGCCUCUUUGAAAGACCCAAUUGUUUCCAGCUGGUUGAAAGAGCCCUGCCCUGCCUCAGUACAGUAUACUAUCUCUGUGCCAGUUCUCCUGAUCAAGUUGAGGAAUGGGUGACAGCAUUGAAGCCAUUGUGCAUUCCACAAGCAACGCGAAAUGCUGGUCAUGAAGCGAAUGUGUCUCAGGUGCGCUCCCUGAGCUUAACGCUGCUGGAGGCACACAGACUACCAGUGAGAUUGGCACCACAUCCCUUCUGCAUUAUAUCCCUGAACCAAGUAAAGGUGGCACGUACUCAAGUGAAAUGCCCACCAGACCCUAUUUGGGAAGAAGACUUUCUGCUCGAGGACCUGCCGUCUGAUGUCACGUCUUUUACCAUUACUCUUUUCACUAAAGGGAAAAGGUCAAAAGACAUGGAAAUGGCGGAGGUUACUGUAGAGUUGAAUAGCCUGACCAAUUGCGAAGAAGUAGAGGAGUGGUUCUCCCUCGGUGGACUGACCCCUCCCAUUCGUGAAGACUGGGGAUCGCUCCGUAUGCGGAUACGCUACGUCAACGAGGUCAUCAUGCCGCUCGCAGAAUACACGCCUUUCAAAGAGUUGAUAGUGGAAGAGGAGUUGCAACUAGUGAGCAUGUUAGCCGACCUCUGCCACAAAGAUCGGGGUCCACUGGCAAACGCGUUGCUGCGUGUUUUUCGUUUUGAGCGCAAGGAAGCUCUGUUACUCAAGAAAAUGAAUCAACAAGAAGUGGAUAAGGAAGAGGAGACGACCACACUGUUCCGAACAGCAUCCCUCACCACUACCCUCAUGGAUCAGUACAUGCGGUCCUCAGGCCAUGGAUUUCUCCACAACUCUGUCCAGGACUCCAUAUUGAAGGUGAUGGACAGCCGCCAAUCGUGCGAGCUGAAUCCUAGUAAAUUAGAGAGUCCUUCGGAAGCAUGUGCCAAUGCAGAGCAUAUCCUCUACGUUCUGGACGACAUUGUGGAAUCUAUUUUUAUGUCCGUAGAACACUGCCCACUGACUCUACGAUACAUCUGUAAUUGCUUACAGAAGAGCGUAUCGGCUAAGUGGCCAAAUGACAUUCUAGUCAAGACGAGGGUUGUCAGCGGAUUUAUCUUCCUGAGGUUGCUCUGCCCUGCCAUAUUGAAUCCAAGGCAGUUCAACCUCAUAACAGACACACCCUCCGAAAUAGCGUCUCGGAGUUUGAUUCUUGUGGCCAAGUGUUUGCAGAAUCUCGCCAAUUUGGUGGAAUUUGGGUCUAAGGAGCCCUGGAUGGAAGUAGUCAACCCAUUUAUACUGAAAAACAAAAAUCGCAUGAUAAGAUUUUUAGAUCAACUUUCGAGUGUCUCUGAAAAACCAGAACCAGAUGAAGCCAUUUCUGGUGACCCUGCACGAGACCUUGCCAUGUUACACCACAUCUGCUCUGUACACAAGGACCACUUGCUCAUCCACAGCAACGAAAAGCCCACAUUGAAGAAAGUGGUCACCGUAACAGACAUGCUAUCGAAGCACAAGCAACACUACCUGGAUAUGAUAAGAUAGCACAACCUCCACAUAUGUCAUUCCAAAGCUUUUCUGCAUUUCCAGUCGAAACGACUGGAAAUGCAGUUCUGGUUCUGCAUCGUGGCCACUUUCAAAAGUUUCUGCUCCGAGAGGGCCAGACUAUAAUUUUCUCGAGACUCGUAAAUUGAAAUGUGAAGCCACAACUAGAUGUAAGAUAUGAAACUAAGAAUCUCAUUGUUUCAGUUAUUGCGUGUUAAGUGUUACUCCUAUCUUAACAGUCCCUCGCAAAAAAUUGUGCCACUUAUUACAUUCUGCAUGCAGCUACAAUUUUUUUAGGUAGCGACUGGUCCUGACAUUGUAGAUGUUUGCAGACUGGUAACACUUCCUCGCACAAAUGGCAUUAUUAGCGUAACGUUGUCAACCUCUCGCAGCUUUUUACAAGUUUUGACAAAAGUUGUGUGUAGAGUAAUUAUUGCAAAGUCUGGGGAAGAAAAGUGGGAACACAGAAGCCAAACAAAUAAGUACAAACAAGUGCCACAUAUUGGUUGCACCUCUUUCGAAGUCUGCCCUAGAGUACUGUAGUUCAAGAGCUCUAAGAAAGUGUCCUGUGAUAGUGCUACACACAAUUUUUAUUUUAUUUUUUGUUUUUGAAUAAAUGUACACAUUUCUAUAUUCUGUACUGAAUUGCCCCUGCUAGCACGUUAAGUGCUCGCUGGUUGUUGCACGCAGGUUUGUGAGCUCACAGUGGAGUAGCUGCUCUGCAUAUUGUCCAAGGCAUUGGAGGUGAAGCUGGAAUAAAGCGUAGAAUCCUCCUUUUGUUUCAUAAUUGUUCUGUCAGAGCUACCCUGGGGUAGUUGCUCUAUUCAUUGUUCAGCCAUUACUAUAUGCACCAAGUUGUUCUCUGGAUCUACCAGGCUACUUUGACUAUGUCCGCGUGACGGUGCUUUGUAAGAAUAAGAAUGGGUAGAUGCAAAAAGAAACUUUGUCACCACUCUGUUGAAGCUCUCUCGCAUUAGGACACACGCUACUUUUCCAAAUGACUAUUUUAUUUUGACCUACCGCAGGCACGGAAAAUCAAUCAUGCUACGCGUGGAGCCGUACUUACUGUAAUUCACCUUGUGUCUUAAACUAUUCAUUAUUACACGAAGGCUGUCACCAACCCCCAGUCAGGUACCAUAAUGAAACCGCAAGUUGUACCUUGUGUAACCGUUGUUGCGAAUAAAAUGUCAUUCGCAAUGUAUUCCACAAAACAAUAUGGAAGGAAAGUUCUGGCACUGUCGUAAAAUCUACACCACUGCCGUGGACAGGGCCAUAGCAGAGCCUACAGGAGCAAUUCAGUACACCAAUAUGUGACACACAAUUUUGAAACUUUUAUGUCUUUCAACAUUUCAGCCUGUCACAAUGCGCUUACAUAUUACCUACAGCUAUAAACCAAUGCUGUGUACAGCACGCUAGUCACACGUCCAAAGCCCAUAAAAAUACUGUGCGUGGAAAUCGUUUUCAAUUUCAUCAACUUGGUUGAAAUCUGAGUGUUACAGUGUAAGACAUGUUCAGUCCUGCAAACUAAUUUUGGAGCUUAUCAGAUGCUACUGGUUUUGUACUUUUCCUCAAUGCAGUAGGCUGGUCGUGUCAAAACAUGAUCCGAAAUGUAACAAAAAUCAAUUUAUUGGGGAGUCAAAUACCAGGAAUAGUUUAAUUUUACCCAGGCCAGUUCUGUCCACUGAUAAUCAUAUCCCUACAGUCAACAAUCGACUGGUUAUGCCUCGUCCCAAAUUUUCACCAUACCCCCAUCCUUUACAUUCUGUUGGAUGGAAACCUUUUUGCAUGCACAUGGCUAGAAGUUGUAAUGUGGAAGAACCAGAUCUGUUAUUCAACUGCCAUCUUUGUAUCCGUAUUCUUGUUUCUUUAUGUGCAGAUUUCAGAUUGAAAACAUGAAUGGUGCUUGUAAAUAAAAAAAAAAAAAAAAAAAAAGUUCACUUUAACUGCAAAGUGGGUGAGAGUGUAAAAAAGGGGCAAGCUAAAAUGUGCAAGCAUUGACAUUUCUACGAGGUUAAAAAAAAUUAUUUUUGAGUGAACAUCUCUUGACUCCAUCAGGAACAGUAACUCUUUAGUUUGACUUUGUUUUCGUAGCUGGUUGAGAAAGGGCUCCAAUAACCCUUUGCACAUAAUGGAAGUUC